AUUGCAACAUAACAAACUCAAAUGUUUCUAGGAUUCAUUGAUUGAAGAACGAAACCGUAACCUAUCACUGCUAUCGUUGCAUAUUUAGCAACUGAGUUAUUUAGAUGUCAAAAUGGGUUUUAAAAUUUUUUUUCAUUUUUAGAUAAAGCGGUUACUAUGUUCUAAAGUGAUUGUAAUUAAUUUGUGUGCAUAUAAAAUAUAUGUCACAGAAAAUGGCUUCUAGUAACAAUCAAAACGGAUGGCUUAGCGGUCUUGGGUUCGGCCCCCCUUUAAGUUCCGUACCCGAACAACAACCAACUUCUAGUGCAGAUGUGAAUCAGUAUGAGCAAUUAGAUCGUUCUAGUGCCAGCAGCAACACACUAAAGAGAAACCCUAAAAUGGAACUAACCAAAACAGACCUGUUGAAGCUUUUAACGUACUUUGAAGGGGAAAUACAGGCAAGGGAUAUUGCUAUUGCAGCUUUAAAGUCUGAAAGAUUAAAACAAGUAGUUAAUAUAGGAAGGUAUAGACCUGUUGUUAUGUCAGAUCCAUAUUCUGCACUUCUGAGAGAUACUAUUGCUGAUGGGCCCUCAACAAAAACACCAUACAGUGAUAGUGAUAUAGCAGCUGCUGCUGAACAGCAACUGCAAGCGUUAGAACAUUUAGCUCUUCAACAAAAAAGGGCUCACCAACACAUGGUAAAUAUUUUGAGAGAGGCAGAAGCUAAACAUAGGAAAGUUAUUCAAGAAUUAGAAGAAGAAAAGUCAAAGCACGAGCAUGAUACUGCUCAAGGAGAUGAUAUUACGUAUGGUUUAGAAAUGGAAAGAACAAGGUUGAGGCAAGAGUUAGAAAUGGAGAGACAACAAAGAAAAAAAUUAGAAAAAGAACUAAAAAGGCAAGUGGAAUUGGCAGACGAAGAGAGGUCUAGACAAAAACAAAUUGUACUUCUUCUGCUGGCAGAAAGAAAGAAAAUAAUUGUUAAGUAUAUUGAAGAACGUAAGAGAAGUGAAGAUUUAGCACAGAUACUUUCAGAAGAAAAGUCUAGGAUAGAUACAAUGGCUGAAGGAUUAGAAGAAGAGAGCAAAAAGUCAUUGCAGAUGGAAGCAGAGCUUGAAAAGCAAGUUCACAUUUUUGAGACUGAUAAGAAAGCACUAAAGGCAGCUUUAGCAGCUAAAGAAGCAAAAUGCCAAGAAUUGGAGGUGGAAUUGCAAAAAUGGCAAGCAGAAUAUGAAGCUUUGAGAAACAGACUUCGAGAAACAGGAGAACCUGCUCCUCCUAUGACAAGUAGUGUAGCUAAAGUAGUUCAGCCCACUGCCACUGUAUCGAGUGUACCAGUUUCAGGCCCCACUACGGGGGUUGCUCAAUCAGUAACUUCAGGACAAACAAUUAGACAGUCCUCUGGUGGUGCUUCUACUGUUACACCAUCUAAAGUUCAAGUUAUGGGGGGUUUGGGAACUUCACCUCAAGUGAGUCAGCCGAAUAGACCAUCAACUAAGCCUGUUUUUCAUGCUCCAUAUCAGCAGCAAACAACAGUUCCUCAAACGCCUCCUAAAAAGAGUUUAUUAGUGGGGAGGGGCGUUCCACCCCCUAUACCCCCAAAUAAACCUGUGAUACCCACAAAGCAAGCCACUAUACGCAGACCAGAAAGCGCCGAGACAGAUAAAAAAAAACUUAAUGUACAGGGAAAAGAAACAUCAGGAAAACCAUCAACUUCUUCGGAUGGAUCUCGUACUAACUCGUCAGGAAUAGAAAUAUUAGGUCAAGAAUUGGCAGAUUUUCAGCAAAUGUUCGUAACUAUGGCAACUAGCAAUAAUACUUAGAGACAUUUAGUGUAUUAUUUUAACCCGUUGAUAUUGUUGGCUGUAGAAGUUCUGCAGUCUAGCAGAUGACUAUAGAUUUUAUUAUGUGAUACUGAUGACUAAAUUAUAUUUUACUAUUUUACUAAUAGUCAACCUUGGUCUGUAAUUAAGCAUUACUGCGUAAUCUCCACUGCUUUUCUAACUUUUAAGGCUGUGACAUCACAAAACUAGCAUCUUUUUUAAGGCUAGAAAACACCCCUGCUUUCCAUAAUAUAGUGUUAGGGCCAAAGAUGUAAAUCUUAUUGGUAAAAAAGCAAUACACAUAUGUACAUAUAACAACAUGAUUAUUUGACUGUUAAUUUUCAUAAUUUUCAAUUAAGUCGCGUAUAAUACAUUUCAGUUUAAUGAAACCAGUUGUUUGUCUUGAAAUUCUUUGGUCCUAACAUUAAAAAAAAUGUCUAGUUUAUGUUGCUAUAUACAGUAUCGUCCGGUUUUUUUGCUGUGAUAUAUUUUUGUCACUUCUAUUAACUCAGUUUUAAUACACGAACAUUAACCCACUCUUGUAAUAUUUUUAUGUGAAAGUUGAAACAUCUACCAAUGGUUAGUACUAUUAUUUAUAUAUUCGGUGUGAUGGUUGCAAAAUAAGGUGAAAUGCUUUUAGAGAAACCAUAUAAAUACUAAUUGUUCAGCCCUUGUGUGACGUAAUAGAAAUUAACUUGGCGCAUGGAAUGUAUUGAGUGUUAAUGAAGAGGUGCGCUGUUUAUUUAUCGUAUUGUUUAAUUUUUAAGAUCUCGUGGUAGUUCUAAAUGAUUGUUACAGCUUUAAUGGAAGGAAAAGUUAAAGCAUUUAUUGGGCUUAGGAAGUGUAAAUACUUGCGUAAAAGACUUAGGUGUAUAAUAGGUACAUCACUUAGUACAUGUUUGUAGCUAUUUAUUUUUUUGUAUUUUCAGUAUUGUUUUAUUUUUUUAUAUAAUGUCUUUUGAGGUUGGAUCGUUUAUAAAAAACGAACGUUGUACGUUAAUAGUGUUAAAGGCAGUUAAAGAAAACGUACGGUUAGAAUAUUAAUAGUAAUAUAUCCAUUCCUAAUUCUAAAAUAAUGCAGCAAAACAGUAACUACGAUACUAUACGCUUACAAAUACGGUAUUUAAAUGGAAAUUAAAACGUAAUAUUUUUAAUAAAUAAUCAACUGGAUGGGACCGUUUGGUUUCCUGCCAUAUCUAGUGAGUUAAACAUUAAUAUAAAGUAAAAAAGUGUGAGUUGCUGUUUAAAUUAGAGUAAACUCCAUAUAUAUAUGAAGUAGUGAGAAAUUGAUGUGAUUAUUAAAACAAAAUCUGAAAAUAGAAUGUAACUGAUUAAAAAUUAAAAAAAAAGCUAGAAGAAAAUAGGUUUCCUGCUGGAUGUUUAGCGGAAUAGAAAUUUGUUGAAGUGUUCAUUUUUGGGACUGAUUAUAAUGAUUUGCCUAGUGAACUUAGAAACUGGAUUAUUAUUGAAGUGCUUAUACAAACAAUUAAAUUGUAGAAGGAUAACUUAAUGAUUAGGGUUAUUGGUGCAUCAAUAGCACCCUACUGUAUGCUUAUCUUUGCUACUGUUUACUUAAUAUUUAAACUACCUAAGUCUUUUAAAUACCUAUUUAUGCAACUGUAAAACCAUAAUAUUCAGUAUAAGAUUUAGAAAUUGCUAGUCAAAAGAAUAAAUUGCGAAAAUGUCAUUAUAAAAAUAACAAUAAUGAUAACAAUCCCUUGAAAGGCAGCUUACACAUUUUACUUUGAUUUUCUUGACAAUUUGAUUAGAAUUCAGAAUCCUCAAUCAGAGGACAAUUUAAAGAACUAUAGGGGGCAUAUUUGUGGUUAUAAUUGAUGAUUAAUACAUAUUGUAUAGUAAAGUAGGUACUUUUUAAGUCAUUGUACAAAGAAUAUAAUUAAAAUAUGAAUCCUGUAGUUCCCCUAUGUGGGCAAAUAACUUUUAAAAAGAGGCGAUUGUUUCUAGCUUCUGUUCGUUGGUAAUAGUAAAAAGUUGUCUUUUAAUGUUAUUAAACAGAUUUAUUUUCCCUGUGGUAACAUAAGAAGUAACCUUAAUGUAAAUACCGUAAACCUCAAGAAGUAUGUAUUUUGAUUUUGUAUAUUUUCGAAACUUUAGUGUUAGGUUUAAGAGGUAUCCCUUCAAAUUGAAGUUGAUUACAAUAUUAUAAAUUCGAAUUUAUUUUAAUAGUACUGUUCUUUUUUAAAUUAUACACCUUGAAGUAAAUAUAAAUAAUUUGUGUAUACCAUAGCUGGACAGAGCUUUAGUACUAUUGUGCUUGAAAAAUGUGCUUCCUGUGCAUUCACGACUUAGAAGCACGUAAUUCAAGCCGUUUUAUGAAGAAAUGGAUUACUUCAUAAAAUUGUUUUGUAAGCUUUAAUCUCUUUCAAAGUGCUUAAGUUUUGAACUCUAAAUGGUUUUUGAAGUAGUUGAUAACUCGAAGUCCUUGGAUUUUAAAUUAUAAUUGGGGCUUCAAGGAGCAAAGCACUUUAAGCAAGGGUUUAGGGCUUGGAGCUUUUUUGAUGAGAGCUUUGUCUACCUUCUGGUGUGUACUAACAAAUACUCGAAUAAAAUAUCUAAUGGAAGAUCUGUCCCCUAUUUAAUAUAAACCAAACAUGCACAAGAAAUUUUAAGAAAUUGUAUAGAUAUGCUGGUACUUUUUUGAUAAACGUAAUUUUUUGGACAUUGCACAAAUUUCAACGGACAAAUAUUUGCGGUUUUGAUGAGGGUGAUAAAUUUCUUGCGCAUUCAGUGUAGCUCUGCCUAAGUUAACAAUAGAGUUGUAUGUAUUAGCAAUGUGAUUCACGAGUACCUUUGAAAAUAAUGUACUUAAGGGGGCUACUUAAAAAGUGAACAAUUCCAAGUAGUGACACAGUACAGUUUGUUGUAAUGUCAGCUAUAAUAUAAUACCUUAAUCUAAAAGGUUCUUCCCUGGAAGGUAAACUCAUGUUUUUAAUUACACAUACACGCGUUUACCUUCUCAUACAUGUGUAUUAGUAAAUAGAUAGCUUAGAUGUAUUUUGUAGUUUUCUUUUUCGUUGUUACCUCAGUCUGGUGUACUAGCCUAAUUUUGUAAAUUUAUUUAGUGUAAAUAAUAAACGCAGGUUUAAGAAAUGUAAUGAGAAGUAACAUCUGAGAUGGAAUUUUAUAGAAUUAAGAUAUUUUUACAAGUUAAACUGAAUUCUGAUUUUAGGUUGAUUUUAUAGUUUAUUUAAACCAUUCUGCUUCAUAUGUUCUCGUGUAUAUCAUAUUUUGUACUUAUUAAAACACAAAACUUAA